UUGUUAUUAUUUUGUCUAUUCUUGUUGAGUAUUUAUUAGCAAUUUUAAACAUUACAUGUUACAAAAUUUUAAAUUAUUGAAAUGAAAUUUGAAAAUCCUGUACUACAUUUGAUAUGAGUAAUCAAUUAAACCAAUCUAUAUAUUUGAACUUGUCAAGAGAUCCAGAAUCUGAAGGAUUUGACUUGCAAGCGGGUCAGUCAUGGAUUUAUCCCACAAAUUACCCUGUUCGAGAUUAUCAAUACAAUAUUAUACAAAAGGCAUUACUUAAAAAUACCCUGGUGAGCUUGCCUACAGGUUUGGGAAAAACUUUCAUAGCUGCUGUUGUUAUGUAUAAUUAUUUUCGUUGGUACCCUCAAGGAAAGGUAGUUUUUAUGGCACCCACAAGACCUUUAGUCAAACAGCAAGUUGACGCAUGUUAUGAUAUCAUGGCCAUACCUAAGGAAGUUACUGCUGAACUCACAGGUUCACAGGUUUCUAAUAGUAGAAAAGAUAUUUGGGAUGAAAAAAGGGUAUUCUUCAUCACUCCACAGAUCCUUCAGAACGACUUGGAUAAAUUUCAAGAUCUAGGAACAAAAAUCAAGUGUGUAGUCUUUGAUGAAGCACACAGAGCUAAAGGAAAUCACGCGUAUUGCGAGGUUAUACGGAAGCUUGUUGCGACCAACAAGUAUUUCCGAGUUUUGGCUUUAAGUGCCACUCCUGGUGGAACAAUAAACGAUGUGUUGGAGGUUGUGCGAAAUUUAUUGAUUUCCCAUUUAGAGUUCCGGAUUGAAGAAAGUCUGGAUGUUAGUCCUUAUGUCUUCCAAAGAAACCUUACCACUGUUGUAGUUCCUCUUGGUGAGAAAUUGCAAGAAGUGAAAGAUAAAUAUUUAAAAGUAUUGGAUUAUUACACGAGGAGUCUGGUAAAGUACAAAGUCAUUCCAGGAAAUUAUUUAAACUUAACUAAAGGAAAAAUCUUCAUGACGAUGAGGGAAUUUCAGGCAAAAUCCAAAAGUUCAAGUUCGAAUUAUUCGGAAAUAACGAAAUGUCUGACAGUUUGUAUCACUUUGUAUCACGCACUCGAACUCCUGGUGAGGCAUGGUCUCAGAAGUUUCUUGAAUUUUUUCGAAGAACACAUUGAUAAGCCGAUAUUGACAGAUAAAAAGGGAGUUUAUGAAAUAAUGCAGGAUUUGAGGGAAUAUUUAGGUCCGCCUCUGUCUCUUGAAUUGAUGCCCGACGGAAGUUACCCGGAACUACCCAAAGACGUGAAGUUUGGCCAUCCAAAGUUUUACAAACUACGUGACAUUUUACUGGAACACUUCAAAGAAACAGAUGGUACUAGUAGGGUGAUAGUUUUUUUCGAAUACAGAGAUUCUACGAAAGAAGCAUAUGCUCUUCUCCUCCAGUCCAGACCUAUUUUGAAACCAAGAAUUUUUCUCGGCCAUAGCAAAGGUGUCACUCAACGUCAGCAAAUAAAUGUAGUAAAAUCUUUCAGAGAGGGUACCUGUAACAUUUUGCUGUCAACAAGUAUUGGAGAAGAAGGGCUCGAUGUUGGAGAAGUCGAUUUGAUUAUAUGCUUUGACAUUUCCAACAAAUCUCCCAUUCGUAUGGUACAGAGGAUGGGACGAACUGGCAGGAAAAAGAAGGGUAAGAUUGUGGUUUUGGUGACCGAGGGGAAGGAGCAACAAACUCUUAAAGACUGCCUCAUCCAUAAAAACAAUGUAGCAUCUCAUGUUUUGUCUUCGCGGGAACUGGCCAAGGGGUUAAUUGAGACUUGUCCGAGAUUGGUGCCGGCAAAUAUUUCUCCUAAGUGCGAGAAGAUGUUUAUUACUGUCAGGAAACCUGUGUUGAAGAGAAACAGUUCUCUGAAGGAUAUGUUUCGAGCUGUUUCAAGUAGUUCGUCUGAGCCAUCUUUUACACCCGAUCUGGAAAUUGUUGAUAUUCAAGAAAGAAUCCCUCCUUCAACAAUGCUGUUCAACAAAGAAAACCCUCUAGCCAAGGAUUCCCCCUUCUCUACAAUCUUCAGCAAGAGAAUUGAAAAACAAAGGAGUUUUCAAGAAAUCUAUAAAGUUCAGCAUUCUAAAAGUUCAGAAAUUCUCGUUGGGUUAUUGCAGCUGGCUGAUUCUAAACGGUUCAACAUUCCAAUGUCUCAAAUGGGUAUGGUUUCUCAGGUAAACAGUAUUUUGAAGCAAACCGACAUAAGGACCAUGUUCUUCAAAUCCCAGAGCGACAAUGACUUUGUUAUACCAAGUUCCCAAGCACCACAGAUAAUGUUACCCACAAUAGAAGAAAAGAGCACGUUUGGUUCUCGAGAACUGUUCACGGAAUUGUCAAACGUCUUAUCUAUAGAAAUGACCAACAUCACAAAACCAUGCAAACUUUGUCCCAAGCAAAUUGACUGUUCAAAAAGUAAGAUUGUUCCCAGGCCUCCAGUCAGCCUCAACUGGAUUGAGCUUGACGACUGUGUGUUUUCCUCGGUAACCUUGGAAGAUCUCAAAUCCUUCACGAAAUCUUUCGAUAAAACUGAUGAAGAGUUUGAUUUUGAAGAUACUAUAGAUUUCAGUAGAGUUACUACUCCAAAACCGGAGGCUAUAGAAUUGGAAGAUCUAAUCGACCAAAGUAUACUGACGGAUAUUUUUGAAAAGUCUUGCAGUUUCCAAGCACCCAAAACCCUGAAUAACCUGCUCAACAAAUACAGUACGUCCAUUAUCGACGUAGAGCCUGCGACUCAAAGAAAAACUCAGGAAACGGAGAUUAAGGGAAAGCCUGAAGAUGUAGCCAAACAUAAGAAAACGCCUGAUUUGUUCGAAGACACUUUCAGACAAGGUGAUAGCAUUGAAGAACUGCUGAGUUUCUUCAAACUGAAAUCGCUGGACGAAAUUUUCGAUGUUGGAGUUGACCCGGGUAGCAGCCAGGCUACUAUCAUUUACUCUCCGGAUAUUUUUAUGGAAAGCCCAGUUCUGGGGAGUAGGAAUAGCGAUAGAGCAAGCACACCACCUGUUGUGGAAAUAAUAAGCAGUGAUGAGGGUUCUCCUAUUAUCGGUACCUUCCAUGUGAAGAAGAGGAGUAAAAAACCUGCUAGUAAUCUCGAGGUGUCAAAACUGAACGUUGAAAACAUGACAGGUGUAGACUCGCCAUCAAACUUUUCUUUGAACACUACCAAACUAUGUAGUACUCCUAAGAUCAUGCGUCAUAACAUAGAAGUUACAAGAAAACGUCUUGAGUCAUGCCUUACUCCAACAUCACGUGUAGAAAACGGUUACUUCAAAUCUGGGGAUGCCAAAAUACCCGAAAAUUCUUGUACGCCAGGGAGCAGCACUGCGUCAACUUCCAAUCCGACACCCAAAAUAGAAAUCGACGAUUUGUGUGACUUUUCAUUUUUUGGGUUGUCCACAGCCAAAAUCGAUGAAGAAGUAUUCAUCACUCCACAGCAAAAAGAUAAUUCGAAAAGUUCUCCUAGUUUCUCAGAAGUUAUCAAGCUGUCGGAUAGUUAUGGCUUGUCAGACUUUUGUGAAAUGUCUGUAAUAGAAAAUUUGCCCAGCAAUCCCAGAAACAACGCAUUACUUACACGAACAAAUCCUGAACCUGUUCAAAAUACACAAAAACCUUGUUCGCCCUCGCAAGUAUCCAUUACCCAAAUGAUUUCGCUUGUGAAUAGAGAAGACGCAGUCUCGCGGACGAAAAAGUCAUCCGAGAGUUCGUGUUCAGUUAAUAAAGGUGAUGUUUCGAAAUACAAGAAAUCCACUUCUCAGAAAGAAAACAAUCAUGUCAGUAAUAUUCUAGACGACUCCGAAGUUUUCAAUUUCAGCUUCAACAGUAAAAAACCCGCGCCCAAAAAAACCCGAAAACUAAGUAGCGUCACUAGGAAGGCACCUCCCAAAAGCAGCGACAUCUCCAGCCUAGAAAUAGAAGCAGAGAAGUCUAUCGAAAGCUUGGCUUCGAAUCAGAGUCAGAGUGAUGACGAGUUUGAGAAGCCCUCCAGUCCUGUGUGGGUUAGGCCCAAGCCCUUAAAAGCACCCAGAGCUAAUUAUAAUAAGAGAACAGGUACAGUUUCUUCUCGUAAUGAUAGGGUUAAGGAGGUAGUUCAGAAGCGCAAAUGCGAAUUUAUUGACAAUGAAGCAGAGUUGUCGUUUUGUGAGGAGACGAACGUUUCUGGAGAUGAAGAAGAGGAAAUGGGUGAUUGCUACGAUGCUAGUUUUGUGGCAGAUGAAACGUACCAUGUUGAUACCCAGAUGCACGCAAAGUACCUGCAGUCUGUAAGGAGUCCGGUUUUACCAAACAGGUUUAGACUCCCUAAAAAUCGUCACAUCAACGUGUAUUCUCAAGAAGUUCGCGAGGAAGAGGACACAUAUUUAGAUGAUUCCUUUGUUGUUAAUGAAGAGACCAUAGCGAGUCAAAAGGAGUUGUCCCAAUUGGAAAUACUAGAAAAAGAACUAGAAAUGCAGAGGAAGCGAAGAAAAAAUGGGAAAGAUAUUGCAAAUCCUAAGAAACGCAGAAGAAUAAUUGUUAAUAGUGAUAGUGAAUAAAUCAAAAAAAUUUAUUGCUGUUAAUAUCACCAUAUUUUUGAAAUGAUUGUUAUGUAUAUUUAUGUAUAUUUGUAAAAGCAGCCUUUAGGCCGCUAUUUUACUUUGUUUAUAUUUGAGAGAGUAUUUUUAUAAGAGUAAAGAAAACAAAAGAAAUAUUUUCAACAA